GCAGCAGGGCUCCCGGCGUGCUGCGCGGCGAGCUCAUGGCGUGCAGGGCGCUUCUCUGGGUGCUUGUUCUGUGGGCGCCGGCGGCCCCGGCUUGGCCCGGGGCUGGGGACGCGGGCGACGGUGGCUGGCGCUGGGAAGGGCCCUGGGCGGCCCUGGCUCCGGAGGAAGAGCGCUGUACCGUGGAGAGGCGGGCAGACCUCACCAACGCUGAGUUCGUGCAGCACUACGCCUUCCUGAGGCCGGUCAUCUUGAAGGGGACCACGGACAAUUCGAGGUUCCGGGCCUUGUGCUCCCGUGAAAGACUGCUGGCCUCAUUCGGGGACAACGUGGUUCGGCUGAGCACUGCCAACACAUACUCCUACCAGAAAGUGGACCUGCCCUUCCAGGAGUAUGUGAAGCAGCUGCUACACCCCCAGAACCCCGCCUCCCUAGGCAAUGACACCCUGUACUUCUUUGGGGACAACAACUUCACCGAGUGGGAAUCACUUUUUCGGCACUACACCCCACCUCCAUUUCGUCUGCUAGGAACCACUCCUGCUUACAGCUUUGGAAUUGCAGGAGCUGGUUCUGGGGUGCCCUUCCACUGGCACGGGCCUGGGUUCUCAGAGGUGAUCUACGGCCGAAAGCGCUGGUUCCUCUACCCACCUGAGAAAACACCCAAGUUCCAUCCCAACAAAACCACACUAGCCUGGCUCCAGGACAUAUACCCAGCCCUGGCACCAUUUGCACAGCCCCUGGAGUGCACAGUCCGGGCUGGUGAGGUGCUGUAUUUCCCUGACCGCUGGUGGCAUGCCACGCUCAACCUUGACACCAGUGUCUUCAUCUCUACUUUCCUUGGUUAGCCAGAGCAGACAGCUGGCCCACCUGUUACACCAGCAUGUGCCCACAUAGUGCUUACAG